GCUGCGGCUCCGCCUCGGCCAGGUCCCCGCGCUGGUCGCCUCCUCCCCGGCCGCGGCCGCCGAGCUCAUGCGCGCGCACGACCACGCCUUCGCCACGCGCCCCUACUUCCGCACCGCCGAGAUCCUCACCUACGGCUUCCGCGACCUCGUCUUCGCGCCCCACGGCGAGCACUGGCGCCACGUCCGCCGGCUCUGCUCCGAGCACGUCCUCAGCGCCGCCCGGUCGCACCGCCACGGCGCCAUGCGAGAGCGGGAGGUGGCCGCCCUGGUCCAGGCCGUCGCCGACCACGCUUCUUCUUCUUCUUCCGCCGCCGCCGUGGUCGACGUGAGCGGGGCGCUGUACCGGUUCGCGAACGACGUGAUCUGCCGGGUGGUCUCCGGGACUAGGCUGCCGAGAGAGGAAGAAGGAGGGAGGAGCGAGCUGUUCAGGGAGCUGAUCGAGGAGAACACGGCGCUGCUCGGCGGGUUCUGCGUCGGGGACUACUUCCCGGCGCUGGCGUGGGCGGACGCGCUGCUGUCCGGCGGCGGCGCGAGGGCCUGGAGGAACUUCAGGCGGUGGGACGAGCUGCUGGAGAAGGUGGUCGCGGAACACGAGGGGGAGAGGAGCGGUGCCGGCAUGGAGGAGGACUUCGUGGACGUGCUGCUGGCGCUGCGGGAGGACGGGCACGGGCAGGACGGGUUCGAGCUGAGCAGGGACAUCAUCAAGUCGCUCUUGGCGGACAUGUUCGCGGCGGGAACGGAGACGACCUACAUCGCGCUGGAAUGGUCCAUGUCGGAGCUGAUGAAGAACCCCGCGGCCAUGCGGAGGCUACAGCAAGAAGUCCGCAGCGCCGCAGCCGCACCGGCCGGCGGCAUUGCCAAAGCCGACGCGCUCGGCGCGGCCACGCCCUACCUGAAGGCGGUCGUGAAGGAGACACUCCGGCUCCACCCACCGGUGCCGCUGCUCCUGCCCCGCGAGUGCAUGCAGGACGCCACCGUGCUGGGCUACCACGUCGCCGAGGGCACGCGGGUGUUCGUCAACGCCUGGGCCAUCAACCGCGACCCGGGCUCCUGGCGCGCGCCAGAAGAAUUUCUCCCCGAAAGGUUCUUGGAGAGCGAGGUGGACUUCAGGGGCGGGCACUUCCAGUUCAUAUCCUUCGGCGCGGGGCGGAGGAUCUGUCCCGGGAUGCAGUUCGGGCUCGCGACCGUGGAGCUCGCGCUCGCCAACCUGGUGCGCCUGUUCGACUGGGAGCUGCCGGACGGCAUGGCCCCGGAGGAGCUCGACAUGUCGGACGCGCCUGGGCUGACCACGCCAAGGCGGGUGGGCCUCCGGCUCGUCGCGAGGCCCGUUCGAGUGGAAUCAUGCAUGAAACAGGAGUAGGCCCAGCAAGCAACGUGCAAAACUAGAGUUCAUACGAAUCAAGAACACUAGAGUUCAUCAGUGUGUGCCCGGUGAGACAUCUUAUGUUGUUGUACAGUAUUCCAACCGUCCCAUAAUUAAGAUGUAAAAAAAGUCGUACAUUGUGAAAACGAAGGGAGUAAUAUAUUCCCUCCAUCUCAUAAUAUAAAAACAUUUUUAACACUAGUAGUGUUUUAAAUGUUUUUAUAUUAUGAGACGGAGGGAGUAAUAAGUACUUGCAGUUGUUCGUGUAAAAAAG